AUGUUUGGACCCAAGUCGUGGGUAUGGACGGCCAUCGCAACAGCCGUUCCAUCCCUUGCAUCACAGGCCCCGGUUGAUUUGGGCAAUGGCUUCAAGCUUUCUGUGGACAAGAAUAUCAACCACCUCUCUCUAGUUCACGGGAAGAACGUCAUUUGGGAAACCCAGCCGAACCAACCAUUUCUCAGCGCAAGUGCGGGGGUUGACGAAAUCAUCAGCUCGAGCGGCAACUUCAAAAUUAAUGAGGUUGAUCAGAAGAAAUGCACUCGUCAGCACAUUAGUCAAGUCUCGCAGCUCACGUGGAAUGGAAGUGCCAAUGACCAGGCCACCGUCAUUGAGGGCGAGCUUUCAGGCUGUGGGAAUGGGUCUGCCGCAUUUUCCCUUGCGCUCUGGGUGCCUGCUGAGCUCCCAGACCGUGUCGCGUUUCAUGUCGAUGUCGAUUCAGGCUCGUCUGCGGAUCCGUUAACCAAGUUAUACCUCACCUACCAAUCCAAGCCAUCGGAAGAUUUCUAUGGGUUGGGUGGCCAGGCCUCUUUCGCUUCAUUGAAGAACCAAUCCGUCCCCAUCUUCUCCCGUGAACAAGGCGUUGGCCGUGGUGACCAGCCUACCACACGUCUUGAAAGUGAAGACAGCUUUUUUGCAGGUGGUGACCAAUUCACAACCUAUUCAGCUGUACCCCAGUAUAUUACCUCGGAAUCGCGAGUGUUCCAUCUCUCGCAGGAGAGCACCGCGUAUACAAACUUUGAUUUCCGGGAUCUGAAUGCGGUGACGGUGCGCUAUGCUGCUCUGACAGUCGAUGGCUAUCUCAUGCAGGCAUGCACCAUGCUGGACGGAAUUACUAUGCUCACCGAGUAUACCGGUAGGAUGCCUGAGCUUCCUACGUGGGUGGACUCGGGUGCCGUGCUCGGAAUCCAAGGUGGUCAAACUAAAGUCAACCGCAUUGUCGACCAGGGACUCAACCUUUCCUGCCCGAUUGCUGCUGUUUGGCUCCAAGACUGGUCCGGCACACACACGCAGAGCGUCUCGUACAUGACACUUAACAUCUCUCGGCUGUGGUGGAAUUGGGAAAAUGAUUCAAAGCUAUACCCAACCUGGAAACAAUUUGUGCAGAAUCUGCGAAACGAGCACAACGUGCGUACACUGUCGUACAUCAACCCUUUCCUGGCCAAUGUCAGCACCAAGCCUGAUGGCUACCGCCGUAACCUCUUCCUGGAAGCGACGAAGGGAGGCUAUAUGAUUCAAAAUGCUACUAUAAACAGCACAUCCAUUGUCUCCAGCGGCCCAGGCAUUGAUGCAGGAAUUCUGGAUCUGACCAACCCGGCGACCCGCUCUUGGUUCAGAGAUGUUCUCAUUGACCAGGUUUGGAGCGCCAAUGUGUCAGGCUAUAUGUGCGACUUUGGCGAAUACACCCCUACCUACAAAGACACUCGCUUCGCCAACCGAAGCAUCGAUCCGGUGUUCUAUCACAACGAAUAUCCGAGAGAUUGGGCUACCCUGCACCACUCGCUCGCCAAAAGCGUUUCAGCAUUCUCGGAGGCCAUCAUCUUCCACCGCUCAUCCUCGAUGGGAGCGAAUCGUUUUAUGAACCUCUACUGGGCUGGUGACCAAGACACUAACUGGGGGGUUAAUGAUGGCAUCAAAUCUGCUGUGACCGUUAUGGGCCAUAUGGGUCUCUCUGGUUUUGCACACGGCCAUAUGGAAAUUGGUGGAUAUACCACCACUUGGGACAGCAAUGGCAUUGUUAAUCGCUCCGCAGAGUUGCUGGGUCGCUGGGGAGAGCUGGCUGCAGUUUCUAGCGCAGUCUUCCGCUCGCAUGAGGGUAAUGUGCCCCAGGUGAAUGCCCAAUUCUACACAAAUUCGUCGACGUACUCGUAUCAUGCCUACAAUGCUCGGAUGUUCGCUAGCCUUGGCAAGUACCGUCGUCGCAUCUUGGAUACCGAAAGUAAGAAGCUGGGAUGGCCUUUGAUGAGAAUGCCCGUUGUUUAUCAUCCAAACGACAACAAGGCGAAGAAUAUCAGCUACGAGAGCUUUUACCUUGGAUCCGAUCUUUAUGUUGCCCCGGUUCUUGACCCAAGCCGCAAGACUGUUGAUGUCUAUCUGCCCGACAGGGACCAGGUCUACACCCAUGUGUGGUCUGGGCAAAAGUAUCAUGGUGGCCGAACAAUUCGGGUUGCAGCUCCUUAUGGAAAGCCUGCUGUUUUCAUUGUUGGCCAUCCGCAACACAAUGACCUGAAUGACUUCCUCAACUUUGUCCAGAAGGAGAACGGGACUGUCAUUCGUAUAUGA